CUAAAAGAUUAAAUUCCUGACUGGAAUAUUAGCUGUCAUGUUCUCUGACCUGAUAGGACAACCAGAUUUGUAGCUUAAGAUGACAUAUGGUGGCCAUCUUCUUGCCUGACAUGGCUAGUCUCCAGGUUCCAGUCAGUCUUAUAUGGGGAACAUGGGUUAAGCUAGAGCUUGGCAUCGGCUACGAGUAGAUUAUAAAUGUUCCUGGACUGUUGAACUUGAAUAAACUUGGACUUGAAAGAUACAGUGUAGGGAUGGAAGGCAAUGUCGCUUCUCAAGAGAAUCUUCAGAGCACUGGGAAAGAAGAGACACAUGUAGAUGCAGAGUCUGAAAAAGAUACAGGCUUGGCAGUAGAAUGUCCCAAAAAUGAAGGUGAACAAAAUCAGCAGUCAUCAUCUCCCGAUUUGAAGGGGCCAUCUUUACAAAAAGACGGCAGUGGCGAUAGUUCAUGUCUUGUAACGUAUAUUGACAAUACUCUGAAAGAGAUGCAAGACAGUUCACAGCAAAUAAACGUUAACAUGACUUCAGUAAAUGACAGAGUAUCUGGAGAGCCAAGUGAAGGAGUGGCUAAUGAAAAGACUGGAAACAGUCAGUCAGAAACAGAGCCUUCUGAACUGGCAAGCGUGGCUUCUUUUGGAAGCAGUGCCAUCUCACAACCAGAGACUAGGAAUGUCUGUAAAGAUGUCAAAGCUUGUCUUGACAGUAGUGCCACCUGUCAGACAGUGGCUGACCCUCCACCAAACAAGAAGGCAAAAACUGAUGGAGCCCAGGACUGUGACAGUAGUCUGUCUACAAAUUGCUCCUAUAACUUUGACUAUGUCCCUACCUCUGUGGCCAGUGCUGUAGAGGAGUUUGAUGCUGUGGCAGGAAACUUCUUGAAAGGCUGCAAGUGGUCACCAGAUGGCACCUGUGUGCUGACCAACAGUGAUGAUGGCUACCUCCGUAUUUUCAAUCUUCCUCAAGAGCUUUAUGGUCAAGGGUCCAAUGGUGGUCAGGAUAGUCCAGUCACAUCUGAUGGCCAUAAUUGUCCAGAAAUGAAAUCAGCCUUAAGGAUCUUAGAGGGAGAACUGGUAUAUGAUUACAGCUGGUAUCCCCUGAUGAAUUCCAUGGAACCCGCAACAUGCUGUUUUGCCAGCACAAGCAGGGACACCCCUGUACACCUGUGGGAUGCCUUUGAUGGACAGUUAAGGUGUAGUUACCGAGCUUUCAACCAGAUGGAUGAACUGGUAGCUGCCCAUAGUAUCGCCUUCAGUCCACAAGGAGAGCAGAUCUACUGUGGUUUUAACAAGAUGAUCAGAGUUUUUGACACAUCAAGACCUGGGAGAACAUGUCAACAGAGACCCACUUACGUGAAAGAUGGCCAGGCAGGUAUAAUAUCCUGUAUAGCCUUCAAUCCCAUGGGUGACAUGUAUGCCGCUGGCUCUUACUCCAAAUCUGUGGGUGUGUAUGAAACAGAGAAUGGCCGCCUCCUGUAUUUAUUCCAGGGUCAGGUUGGGGGUGUCACACACAUACAGUUUUCCUCAGAUGGUUCCAAGCUAUUCACAGGUGGAAGAAAGGAUCCAGAAAUCUUGUGCUGGGACAUGAGAAACCCUGGCGCUGUAUUGUGUGUGAUGUCACGAGAAGUCCUGACCAAUCAGAGAAUUUAUUUUGACAUAGACAGCUCUGGGAGGUAUCUAGUGAGUGGUAACCACAAUGGCACUGUCUCAGUGUGGGAUACUUUACAGCCUCCACAGCCACAAGAGUCAAGUGAUCCUGUUCUGACACCAAUACUGCACUUCAAGGCACACGCAGACACAGUGAAUGGUGUCAGUUUCCAUCCCAGUCUUCCUCUUCUGGCAACAGCCUCAGGUCAGAGACAUUUUGAAAUUUCAGACGAUGAGGAUGAAGAGGAAGAGAAAAUGUUGAACCAAACAGUAGAAGAUAACUCAUUACGGCUAUGGAAGUUGGCAGUGUGAAACGAUGCCUGAACUGGCAGUCGUUAGUUUUGCCAUCAUCAUCUUCAUCAUGCGAAGAAUGGUGGAUAUUGUGAAAUGAACUGACAGUCUUACAAGAGACAGUGGUAGUCGGCCUAUGAUGAAGGACAACACAGUCUAAAUGUAGGGCAGUCAAGGAAAAGAAGUAGAAACAGUCUCUUCUCUUUUAGGAGAAGGGAGAGGAUGAAGUUUUGGAAGUCAUGACCGUCUAACGGUAGCCAGCUAAAGAUGGUCUAGGUUUGUUCCAGGAUAUGAGACGGCUGAAGAAAAGCAAAGACCAGCUUGAUUUCUUUUUUUAAAUGACAAUAAAUCUGACAAAGAUGCAUUCUGAAGACAGCGUGUUAUAGAAAUCCAAUAGUGCACACAGCAGCGGGAGUCAUUUCUAAAUUACACGCAGCUGAGAAAUGGUCGUCUUCAGUGCCCGCUGAUAUUUCAGGGGUCCCUAGAAAAUUUAACGAAAUUGAAGAGGCGAUACGAUUGUUUUGUUAGGGCCUAGUAGUGGCCUCUGCGGUCAAAGAGUAGUCUUCAGCCCAGUUUCAUAAAACUUAUGAAAGAGAACUGCAAACAAGAUAACGUUUAGUGUUUGUCAUACCAGUGCAAAACUUGUAUAAACAAGGCUGAAAAGUUUAUCUGUAUAGAAUUGUAUGACAGUUCAUUUGUAGGUGCAUGUUUACAAUUCAGAAGUGGAAGCCAGUGUUUUAUACACGUUUUAUAGAUGAAAU